AUGAGCACCUCGGAGAUCAUUAGCAGGGUAUGGGGCGGCGUCUUGUACAUGCAGUUCCAUCUGGACCCCGCGCUGUCCAACCAGGACUGUCCCAGCUUCUACAUCGCUGUUCAUCGCAACUCGUACCUGCACAACUCGUUACCGGCCAUUCUCCAGUUCUUCAAUCCAUUUCUGAAGGACGCACGAUUGGCGCAGUCUCACAACUGGUGGUUUGAGUUUGAAAGAGUUCCUUUGAAAUGGAACUUGCCAAUUGGCCUACUCUACGACCUCGUGACCACGGACGCGCAAAUAGAGAAACAAGUAUGGGAUAUUACACUUAAAUACUACGACUACCCCACAGAGUACGUGAUUCCGAUCGACCAGAACGCUUCCUUUCUCAAAGACCACUGGACCAAUCAGCUUAAGGAGGCGUGUUUCAUAUUGAACGGCUCAAGCAAGCUUGUUAUGAACAUGUCCCGCACAGACUCAGACGAUUUCUAUCACGCCGCCAUUCACAAAGAUUCGACACAGUUCGAGUCAAUGUUCAGAAAACUACUGCCGUCCAACGUGUCUAGCUUGAAAAAUCUUCCGAUCAAAGUGUAUCUUCCUCUUUCCAACAAACUGAUACAGCCCGUCCUGUCUAAUCUGGGGAGAAAACUAACUCUCGGCAACCUGCUUCAGAAUUUGGUUCCGGAUUUAUUCCCGUCAUCACUGAUGUACACUGUGGCACACCCGUAUUCGCAUGGAGUCAUACUGCCACUAAACAGCCCUAUUAUCGACCUCUAUAUUUGCAUGAAAUCGCUGGACGGUUUUCUACAUAUCUCUAUCAAGAUGAUCCAAAAAGACGAGCAGUAA